UGGAUGUGUUGGCGGCGGCACUGAGGUAGUAGGAGUCGGGCGCCGCUCACGGAUGGUUCUCACACCACACCACCGUACCAUCAUGAGAUCUCGUAGCCUUAGCCCCAGGCCGCGGGCACCCUACCUGUGGCACGAGAGGGAGUCAGAGUCUGCGGAUCGCAAGGGCUGGUACCGCGUUGACUAUGGCCCCAGCAAGUCAGAGGAGAUGUGGUACCUGCCAUCUUUCAAGGACAGGAUGAACUUCCUUGAGAGGUCCGUGGAACGAGCCACCAGUGAGCCGCGCACGAGAGCCACCUCCGUCCCUCCAACAACCGUAGCCGUUCGUCGAAGCAAGGCCCUCUCUGUUGAUCCCUUGGUCAAAUACCCUCUCAGAUGGAGGACCUGGCCUUUCUACUACUACAAUUACCGCUGGCCAUACACUACCUUCUACGAUAGGUACUGGCCAAGCCUGGGGCCGUACUCUGGACGCAUCUGGAGGCUGCCCUGGUACCGUUAUCCCAGCUCCCCCCUAAGCGUGUCGACUUAUUGGAGAGACUCAUCGCCAUACUCGUCCUACAUGGCCUCCACCACCAUCACGCCCGAGAGAACAGAGAUUAUGGAGGAGCGUCGCAGCAUCUCCCCCCCGCCGCCCUCCUACCGACCCUCGGCUACCACGCAGCUCAUCCUCAACCGGGUGGCGCUAAGUGGCGGUCUACUCCCGCGGAGUUACCCACCAUCCCGCUACGUUCCUCGCUACUACCCCUCCUACCUCGACUACGACUAUGGCUACGGCGGCUACUACUACCCAUAUCUCUACCCCAGGCUCAGCCGCUAUGACUACCUGGAUGACCUGGAUUCCCCUUACCUGUCGACUACCACCUCCUACCGCCCACGCGCACUCGACCUCGACACAGACUACCGCGAUAAGGCAGCACUUUCUACAUCAACACCGGCAGUAAAAGCAGCAAAGGCACUUCUCGAAGAGGACGACGACACCAAGGACGUUGAGGUGAAGUCACAGACCUACUCCCGGUCGAAGAACUUGGCAGGGAAUACUGAUGGAGAGUCGUGUGUGACUCGCCUGGAGCGGCGUUAUACAAGACUUUCUGAACCACAGAUGCUCCACGAUCACGUUGAGAACAUGCGCCACCGCCUCAAGUCCCUCGCCUACUCCCUGGAUCCUACCGGCCCCGUACCCGAGAUCGUCAUUCCGGAGCGCACCACCACUACCACCACCACCACUACCAAGAAGUCUGCCGUCCCCGCCCUGCCAGCCCCCGAGGACAAGAAGUACUCCUCCACUUCUUCCUCUGCCUUGGAGUACUCGGAGCUGCCCAAGCUGGCCUCCCGCAGACAACGUUACUACCCCGAGGAUGAGCACAUGAAGGACAACCUUAGGAUCCAGUGCCUCAGCCACUACAAGACCACUCGCACCGCCGCUGAGUAUCCUAAGCCCCGCUUGUACGAUACUACCGGAUAUGAUUACUGGAAGCCAAAACAGUACAUUCCUACAGAGCCUUUGUCGGUGAUGCCAGAAUCCUCCUACCGUGCCAACAAGUACUCGUCCACCAAGUGGGAGGAACCCGACACUGUCUUCGGCGGCCCCUCCGACAAGAAGCCCUACUCCAAGGUAGAAACUGGUUCUUCCUUCUUCUCUACCUAUGGUUUCACCAACCGAAAGAAGGAUUAUGUGGCUGAGAAGGUGCGUGAUUAUUACUACUUCGGGGACAGCCAAAAGGACGUAGGACACGUGCGAUUCGACAGGACUGCCACCAAGGCCAUCAGUGACGGCACCACCGAGGAAGCCGGAGAAGAGAAGAAGGAACGCAGGAAGAAGAAGAAGUCCAAGGAGCGUGACGCUGAGGCAACUGCUGAGGCCACAACGGCGCCCGUUACUGCCGCUGCCGCCGCCGACCACUCAACUUCAGAGGCGGAUCCUGUCUCAGCUGUGUCUGAGGGUGACGCCGGGGCUGGUGAAGACGAAGAAAAAGAGCGCAAAAAGUUAGAGAAGAAGAAGAGGAAGCAAGAGCGCGAGGCCGCUGCCAAGGCCGCCAUGGAGGCCGAACUGGCUGCCCUUGCUGCUGCUGAGGCUGAGCUGGCCCGUCUGGAGGCCGAGAGUAGCAAGACGGAUGCUGGUGCCGCUGCCGAGGCUGCCCCCGCUGAGGCCGCCCCCGCUGAGGUGAAAAGUGAGUCCGCUGCCGAAAAAUGUGAGUCAUCGACCGAGGUGGUGUGUGAGGGUGUGUGUGUGAAGCCUGAGUCCCUGGGUGAGCCAGCCCCCUCCCAGACCCCCCCACAGGUCCCCUCACAGGAGGAGCCCGAGGCCCCACAGGUUCCCGAGGAGCCACAAGCCGCCCCAGAGACAGAGCAGGCUGUGGAACCUCAAACCGAGGAGCCUCAACCGGUGCCUGAGGAGGAAGCCAUCAUGGAGGAUCUGCCUCCACUGAAGGAGUCCCAAGUGGAACCUCCUCCAGUGGAGGAGCCUCAAGUUGAGGCUUCUGUUGAGGAGACUCCCGUUGAGCAACCUCCCGUUGAGGAACCUCCCGUUCAGGAACCUCCCGUUGAGGAACCUCCCGUUGAGGAAUCAACGGUUGAGGCGACUCCGGAAGAGUCUCCGGCAGAGCCUCCGGUUGAGGAAGUCCCAGUAGAGUCUUCUGUCGAGCCUACCGUGGAGGAGGCUCCGGCAGAAGCUCCGGUUGAGGUGGAACAAAUCGAAGAGCCUCAAGCAGAGCCUGCACCGGAAGAACCCCAGGUCGAGGAACCUAAGCCUGAGCCUCCAGUGGAGGCUCAGGUGGAGGAACCCUCAGUGGAUGAACCUGUGGAAACGGCACCUAAGCGCCGGCCUGCCUUUGACGAAGAUGCUGGGUGGCUGGAUACCUGGGACGGGGAGGCCGCGGCUCCGGAGGCCGGCGCUCAGGAGGGUCAACAGCUAGGAACAGACGAGAGCGAGGAACCAGCCACCACCCAAGCCGAGGAGGCCAGGCUGGGGGCGCAGGACGACACUGAGGCACCCGCCGACGCCACCGCCACCACUACCGAUGCCGCCGACGCCACCCCAGACGCAGAUGCCGCCGCCGAUGCCGCCGCCGCCGCCGCCGCCGAAGCUGGCACAGACGACACCGCAGAUGCCGCUGACGCCGCACCUUCCACCAGGUUCGACGAAGACCUCGCUGAGUAAAAGCUGUAUCCACCACCACCACCACCACAGCCUUGCCGCACCAGCCUCCCCUCUGCUUUCCCGUGGACUGAACUAUUUGUGUAGUGAACUGAAUGAUUUUCUUAGCUGGCACUGUCUCCUGCAUUAUCUGGCGGCGUUUGUAGCUCUGUUGUGUAUCUCCGGUUCUUUCUGGAUCAAGCUACGAGACAACACCAACACCACAUAUUACUAUCAUAUAUAAACCCUCAUUCACACACCUGAGAUCUGAGGUGGUGUUAGAGUUUGGUGCCUUACAUACAUCGAUUCACUGACCUUUUCUAGAUGUAUUUUCUUACGUCACAGCGAGCAAUCUACCUCAGCUUCCCCUGGUCAGAGCGAGAGAAGAAAACUGUCUUAAUCACAAACUUCCAUGAACUCCUAUUUUUAAGAGGACGAACAAAGUCAGGCAGGGAUUAUCCCGUCCCACGGCCACACCACAGCGACGCCUACACCAGGCACUCCCCUCCCCUAAAACAGUGGCCAUAAAAGAGGGAACAUUGGCUCACGGCCGUGACAAAAAUAUAACAAUUACAUCCCCCCCUUUUGUUGCUGUUUACCUUAUAACUCGCAAACAUCACCGGGAAAUUCUCACACCAUCCUCGACAACACACUACUUAACGCGAAGCUAAAUACUAUAAAUCACUAGGCACUCGAGACGACCUGUGUUUGGAUGUACGUAGCUUUCUAUCGUCGGUCUCUGAAGUGGUUGUGUGACGUCUUGGUCUCGGCCUCCUCGGCUCCCCACCCUCAGGCCGCCCCGGCACUGCCCGCCCGACACCUCGCGGGAGAUUGCCGGGGCGUCACUAGCGGGGCGCCGUGGAGGACCGAGCGUCUGUGUCUUGAUGUCGAAAUAGUUUCGUUUCUUCUCUCUCUUUAUUUCUUUCACUCUCCUGUGUAGUGAGUGAGGGAACGGCACCGAACGGCAGCAGGAAGUAACUAAUGUAAAGUCAAUGAAUGUAUAGAUACCAAGAAGUGCCGUUCGUGUGUCGUGUGUGUGUGGGGUGUGUGUCUCUGCCGCCUCCCCCGUCCCUCCCUUCACUAACGCCCCCAGCCGCCCACUCAAGGGGCUUCGGAAGGGGCGCCGCUCACUCCGCUAGUCUCACUCUGCUGUUGUAUCAUCCUUCCUCUCCUUCCGUGGGUUGGGAAUAAAACACGUACACAUACACAACGCACAUAAACGUAAACAUAACUACACUCAACAUCAUACAACGUUACGCCGUACCCACACACACGCACACACAUAUGCACACGUACACAUACAUACACUAACAUUAGACUGAGUAUACAUUACGUCGAACAAGCUCAAGAAAACCAAAGUUGGCCUUCUGGAUAAAAUCUAUAAAGUCUGGCACAUGUUUCAAAAAGAAGAAAACUAAAAGAUUGGUAUAUCGGCCUGUUGGACAGUCUUACCCUCCUCAAGAGUUAUGUCUUGUUCACAAUAAAGAUAAAUACAUUAAGA